UUGAACCGAGAAAGGGAGGACGUUGAAGACCCUUCGGGAAAGGAAACGCUCCUCGGCCUUCUACCCUUUUUUCUCAGCCUUGAAAUCGAUCGCAGAGACGCGCUGCCAUUGAAUUUGCUUGUGAUCUCCUCGAUUUCCUUUCCAUUUCUCCGUCUCUCCGAUGCGUCUCGCCGACGGGGCGUUCCUUUUUUCUCUUCUGGUCCUCAUCUUAGGUGCCCGCGGCCUCGAAGCCGUCCGGUCGGUCGGCGAGGGCGCCGAUCUCCCUGAUGCCGCCGUCGAUCUCAACGUCUCCGAUUUCGAGACCGCGCUGAGGGAAUCCCCGGCCAGCUUCGCCGUCGUCGAGUUCUUCGCUCACUGGUGUCCUGCAUGCAGAAACUAUAAGCCUCAUUAUGAGAAAGUUGCAAGGAUUUUCAAUGGGCCUGAUGCUGUGCAUCCUGGAAUUGUUCUGAUGGCACGAGUUGAUUGUGCAUUGAAGAUAAAUACGAAUCUUUGUGAUAGAUUUUCAGUUGGUUUCUAUCCUAUGCUAUUGUGGGGUCCUCCAGCUAAAUUUGUGUCUGGUAGAUGGGUGCCUAAACAAGAAAAUGGUGAUUUACAAUUGAUUGAUGAUGGAAAGACAGCAGAUCAAUUACUCAAUUGGAUAAACAAAAAACUUGGCAGCUCAUUCAACUUCGAUGAUGCCAGAUAUGAAAAUGAAAACACAUUAGCUAAGAAUGCCUCGGAUCUUGAACAGAUUGCGCAUGCUAUUUACGACGUUGAAGAAGCUACAGCAUUAGCUAUGGACAUAAUCAUAGAACAAAAGAUGAUCAAGCCAAGUACUGGAGCUCCAUUUAUAAAAUUUCUCCAGCUUUUGGUGGCACAUCACCCUUCAAAAAGGUGUCGAAGAGGAAUUGCUGACCUACUUGUAAGCUUUGACGAUCUGUUGCCUUCAGGUCCACUUUCAGAAAACGCCCCUAUUCUGCAAGAAUAUGACAUACUUAAAUCCUAUCGAAUCUGUGGCAAGGAAGUUCCUCGUCAAUAUUGGAUAUUUUGUCGUGGGAGUAAAGAUGAUUCAAGAGGCUUCAGCUGCGGCCUGUGGGUAUUAUUCCACUCUCUGUCUGUUCGAGUUGCUGACGGAGAGAGCCAAUUGGUUUUCACUACGAUCCGCGACUUCAUCAAGAACUUCUUUGUUUGCGACGACUGUCGUCGGCAUUUCAAUGAAAUGUCUUCGCGUGUUCAGGCACCAUUCAACACGACUCGAGGCCUAAGUCUUUGGCUGUGGAGAGCUCAUAAUGAAGUGAACGAGAGACUCAUGAAGGUGGAAAAGGACAUGGGCACGACCGAUCCAAGGUUUCCCAAAACAACAUGGCCUCCGAACCAGCUCUGCCCGUCAUGCUAUGUUUCUUCGAGCCCAAAAAAAGGCGUCAACCCGCAAAUCGACUGGAAUGAGGAUGAGGUGUAUAAAUUUUUGGUGAAUUAUUACGGGAAGAAACUUGCAUCUUUAUCCAGAGAUACAACUCUGAGCCAGAAGACGGAUGAUAUUGAUGAGUCGAAUGACACUGCAACCUCGAGCAAUGCAGUUGCAGUGCCGAUCGGAGCUGCACUGGCCAUUGCUCUGGCUAGCUGCACAUUCGGAGCCUUGGCUUGCUUCUGGAGAGGCCAGCAGAAGAAAAAGAAAUAUUUGCACCAACUUCAUUCUUUUAAGGACGUAUGAUCUUGGAAUGCAAAUCACAUUCCAUCUGAUGUUCAUCUUGUCUGGAAAAGAUGAACUCAUUUUCUCAAGUUUUUAUUGUUUUAUUUAUCAAGUUUUCAACGUUUUUCGAUUAGUUA